GACUCUGGAACUCAGUUCAGAGCGGAACCUGGAACCUGAAAUGUCGCUGGUACUGACGCUGAUUGCCAUUGUGGUGUCGCUGCUCUUGUUCGCCGCCCGGCGACGUCUGGGUUAUUGGCAGCGUCGAGGUAUUCCGCACGAUGUGCCCCAUCCGUUUUUCGGUAAUAUUAAGGAUUGGAACAAGACCCGACACAUUGCCAAGAUCUUCCGGGACUAUUACCUGAAGUACAAGAACUCGAAUUACCCCUUCGCCGGAUUCUAUUUCUUCUUCACUCCCACUGCCGUGAUCACCGAUCUGGAGCUGGUGAAGCGAGUGAUGAUCAAGGACUUUAAUCACUUUGAGAACCGUGGAGUCUUCUUCAACGAGAUCGAUGACCCGCUUUCGGCCACACUGUUCAGCAUUGAGGGCCAAAAGUGGCGUCACCUGCGGCAUAAGCUCACUCCCACCUUCACGUCGGGCAAAAUGAAGCACAUGUUCCCAAUCGUGGUCAAGGUGGGUGAGGAAAUGGAGAAGGUCUUCAGCAGCAAGAUCAAGUCCGCAGGUCCCAGUGGGGGCCAGGUUCUGGAGGUCGUAGAUCUGGUGGCACGCUACACAGCUGACGUAAUCGGGAACUGUGCCUUCGGGCUGGAUUGCAAAAGUUUGCACAAUCCCCGGGCGGAUUUCGUAACGGUGGGCAAGCGGGCGAUCACGGAACACGCCUACGGAGGAUUGCUGGAUAUAUUCCUUUUCGGGUUUCCCAAGUUGUCGCGACGCCUGCGACUGAAGCUGAACGUUCAGGAUGUGGAGGACUUCUACACCAAGAUUGUGAGGGAUACCAUCGACUACAGGCUGAAGACCAAGGAGAAGCGCAAUGAUUUCAUGGACAGUCUGAUUGAGAUGUACCAGAAGGAGCAGGCCGGCAACAAGGAGGACGGUCUCUCCUUUAAUGAACUGCUGGCCCAGGCCUUUGUCUUCUUUGUGGCUGGUUUCGAGACGAGUUCCACAACCAUGGGAUUUGCACUGUACGAGCUGGCCCGGCACCAGGAUGUGCAGGAUAAGCUUCGAGCCGAGAUCAACAGUGUGCUGGGCAAGCACAACAAUGAGUUCACCUACGAGGGUAUCAAGGAGAUGAAGUAUCUGGAGCAGAUCGUGAUGGAAACCCUUCGCAAAUACCCGGUUUUGGCCCAUCUUUCGCGUUUGACCGAAACGGACUUCUCGCCCGAGGAUCCCAAGAAUUUCAUUGCCAAGGGCACUAUGGUUGUGAUCCCGGCUCUUGGCAUUCACUAUGAUCCGGAUAUUUAUCCGGAGCCACAGAAAUUUAAGCCGGAACGUUUCACGGAGGAGGCCAUCGCCGCCAGGCCCUCGUGCACCUGGUUACCGUUCGGCGAGGGUCCCCGAAACUGCAUUGGAUUGCGAUUUGGACUGAUGCAGACCUGCGUGGGCUUGGCCUACCUCAUCAGGGGAUAUAAGAUCAGUGUGGCUCCACAAACGGAAAUACCCAUCCAGAUCAAUAUUAAGAGCAUCCUGUUGUCUGCCUUGAAUGGCAUCCACCUAAAUGUGGAGAAGAUUUCCAAAUAGCAAUGUAUUUUUAAACUGUGGUGAUAUAUUAAAGAAAAUAUCUUGAAAUAUAGUUGUCCAAAUAAAAAUGGAAAUAAAUGUCUAAUAAAUGGACUUGAGUGAAUAUUGUA